AUGACAUCGGGAUACAUCAGAUCGACUCCUAAUCCCGAUGCACCAAAUGCACCUUCUCGCUUUGUAUAUUCUCCAAUAUCCUUCUUCGCAUAUGUCCUUUACCUCCUUCUGAUUCCCCUUUAUGUACCGUAUCUUGUCCUUGUACACUGUUCGACAUCUCGACCAUUUCCUAGCUGGACAUUGGACCGUAGAAUAUCAACGAGGCUCGGUAAGCUGCAAGCUACUUUAUUGGGUUACUGGAUAGUCCCUAUAUUAGAAGAUGAGUGGUCGAUCCAACCGUAUGAGACCUACACCGAAGCGCAGCGGAAAGAUGAGAUACUCCUAGAAGUAGUCAGCCUGAAGCCUGUAAACAAAGAAUGCAUCAAAGGAAUAGCAGAUGUGAACGGGGUGGAAAGUGUCAAAAGACCCGGAUUUUGGAUAACACCUAAUGGAGCUAAAGGCCGAGGUGGCGCAGAGAGGACGCAGGGAGAAAAGGUUAUAUUACAUGUGCACGGAGGUGGAUAUAUCCGAGGACAUCCUCUGUGGACUCCAUUCCCAAUGGAAAUUGCCAAGGCUACAAAGCUUCGAUGUCUGAGUGUAAAUUAUCGUAAAACACUCGACGGCAAAUCAUCUUUUCCAGCACCUCUAUUAGAUAUUUUGUCAGCAUAUAUUUAUUUAACUGAAACACUUCAUUUCCACUCUGGUUCCAUAAUUGUCUUAGGCGAAUCAGCAGGUGGACAUUUACUUUUAUUCUUAUCACAAUAUUUACGAGAUUUGGGUUUGAGUCAACCUGGUUGUUUCAUCUUAUCUUCACCUUGGGUGGAUUUCACUUUACCCAAUACGAACUCUUCAUAUACUUUGAACUCGUCUUUCGAUCAACUCUCACCUCUUAGGUUAGGCAGAGCUAUCAAAUCCGCUACUAGAUAUUAUACGGACGAAUUCAAGGUGUCAUCUUAUGCGAGUCCAUGUAAAAUGACCACAGGAGGUUGGAAUUAUCUAGCGAAGAGUGAAACGAAGAUUUAUGUACAUUAUGGAGGAAGAGAAUUGUUUCAUGACGAGAUUGUGACAUUGGGUAAAUCAAUGAAAUCGGAUCAAGUGGAAUUGACGGUGAGACUUGAUCCCGAUGGACUGCAUACAAGCGGUAUGAAUGGUCCAGCUGGAGAAAUCUUCAAAAAGGAUCUUUUGGAAAUGUUAUCGAAAUGA